AGAAACUUGCCAAACUCGGAUCUGACUAUUACGUAAAUUCUAUUUUAAAAAACUUCGUCAAUUCCGAUUCCCGCCUUAUAAUAGAAUUUCAUGCCAUUAAACUGAAAGGGACAUUUGACAUUUAAAUUCAAAAUCUCACUUCCUACCUUUCUUAAGCCAAACACCUCUAAAUUUCCUCUGUUAGAAAGUGUAAACGACUAGCUGAGAUUUUCUUCUUUGAAAUCGAAGAUGAUAGCUGCUCUCAAAGCCGAAGAGCAAAGCCAGCUACAGCUGGUGGAGCGAGAAGACAUUGAUGACGAAGAGGACUUGUUUGAAGCCAUUGAUAAGUUGAUCUCUCAAGGAAUCAAUGCUGGAGAUGUCAAGAAGCUUCAAGAUGCAGGGAUCUACACCUGCAAUGGAUUGAUGAUGCACACAAAGAAGAACCUAACAGGGAUUAAAGGAUUAUCGGAAGCUAAAGUUGAUAAGAUAUGUGAAGCUGCAGAGAAAAUAGUGAAUUUUGGUUAUAUAACUGGAAGUGAUGCUCUACUCAGAAGAAAGUCUGUGAUUCGCAUCACAACAGGAAGCCAAGCACUUGAUGAACUGUUAGGAGGUGGUAUAGAAACUUCAGCAAUUACCGAAGCUUUUGGAGAAUUCCGAUCUGGGAAAACACAGCUUGCCCAUACCCUUUGUGUUUCCACACAGCUUCCUUCUAACAUGCAUGGUGGGAAUGGAAAAGUCGCUUAUAUCGAUACCGAGGGAACUUUCCGGCCUGAUAGGAUUGUUCCAAUAGCUGAAAGAUUUGGCAUGGACCCAGGGGCAGUCCUAGACAAUAUCAUCUAUGCUCGUGCAUAUACAUAUGAGCAUCAGUAUAACCUGCUUCUUGGUUUGGCUGCCAAAAUGUCUGAAGAGCCAUUCAGGCUUCUGAUUGUGGAUUCAGUAAUUGCACUCUUUCGAGUGGAUUUCACUGGUAGAGGAGAACUCGCAGAGCGCCAGCAAAAAUUAGCACAGAUGCUAUCCCGAUUGACAAAGAUAGCUGAAGAAUUCAACGUUGCAGUUUAUAUGACUAACCAAGUUAUAGCUGACCCAGGUGGCGGAGUGUUCAUAUCUGAUCCAAAAAAACCAGCUGGAGGUCACGUGCUUGCUCAUGCAGCCACAAUCAGGUUGAUGUUCCGGAAAGGAAAAGGUGAACAACGCGUCUGUAAGGUGUUUGAUGCCCCAAAUCUGCCAGAAGCUGAAGCAGUAUUUCAGAUAACACCAGGCGGUAUUGCCGAUGCAAAGGACUAGAGGAAGUGUGUGCUCCUAGCCUUACGCUGAACAGCAAGAGGCGUAAUAGUAUAACUGUUUGAUUUCCAGUUAUCUACUAGUGGAUGUAUAAGGUUAGAAAAGAACAGAUAUUUGUUGCUUUAAAAAGUUAAAAAGAGGAAAAGCAAGGGUUAGCUGCCCUUGCGCGUGCUCUACAUUUAUCCUAAGUUCUUUAAUGGGCUCUGUAUAGGAUGCUUUAUAAUAUAAAAUUGCUUUACGUCUA